CCUUGUCCUCCUCAUUUAUUCACUUCUUGUUUGCCUCUGAGUUGACUUGCCAUUGCCUUUAUCCUUUUGACCAUGACAGCCUCCUCUUCUACCAAAAGCAACGGCAGCCGUACAUCCAACAAGACCGAGAACAAGUUGUUUGUUGCCAUUGUAGAUGCUCCUCCUACUACUUGUAGUACUACGCGACAGGAAGAAACGUACCAACCCAUUCGUCUAAAGUGCCCUGCUUCGGGUCAAGUAAAGGACUAUCUACUACGCUCCAUUAUUGGAAACAACAACAACAAGAACAAGAAUGGUGAUUUACUGGAACUGCAGUGUCUCUCGUUGCAAGAUGACUCGUCUCCCAAACAGUACAACAGUUGGUUUGUUGGUAACACGGUCGUCUCCAAUGGAAAACUCUACGUCAUGACACGCAUCGAUCCACUCUUCUUUUGUUUGCCAUCACUAUCACAACAAACGACAACGACGACACAACCAAAGAAAUGGCAACCGCUCGAUCAGCUAUUGGAGGACAUGGACGCAACAGUCCAACAACUUUUAUUACUAGUAGACAAACGCCAACUCUUGCAUCUCUGCGACACGUACGAAAUGGACCAAGACGAAGUCUUUUACAAAUUUUCACAACCCAAAUGUCUGGAAUGGCUCCAUAAGAAACAACAAGCGGUACAGAAAGUACUCGUCGCACAGCUCCAAGCACAACAGAAGCGUCAGCUACAAAUGGAGCGAGAGGGUGGAGGAGCCUUUGCCAAGGACUUUUCACUCACAACGACUAGCACCACUCAAAACACUAAGCAGCAGGACAAGAGCAAUCACAAUCCACAACUCCACAACAACAAACCGUCUGCACAACAGCAAGAAAUGGCACUCCGAGAAAGCUGUCAGAUUGUCUGCAGCUAUAUCUCCCAAGGAUGGCAAACCCUCUUUUUGAAACACGUCCAACAAGACGACAAGAUUUUGCAACUCGAUCAUCAUCAACCAAAGAACAAGCGAGUCAAGGAGACACCCGUUGUCGUUGUUGUGACGGCCGAAAGCACCACUGCCAAAACGGAAGCAGCCCCACCACCACCAAAGCCCAAACUCACCUUUGGACAAAAGCAACUUCUCAAGGUCAACAAGAAGGGAAUGAAGAGCAUGACGUCCUUUUUUGCGCCCAAAAACAAAAAGACAACAACCACAACAACAAAUAAUGCCAAGUAGACUUGCUACAUACGUUCUGUUCUUUCUGUUGAUUGAUACAAUAGUUGGGAGUGACUUUUACUGCACACAAGAAGAGGGGUAGUAGUAACAAUCUAUUAUAUAGCAAUGAGUUUCUGUUUC